AUGGCGCAAUCCGUGAUGUCCCCGAUGGUACUAUUCUUUGUUUAGUAUCUUUCAUGAUCAGCGUAGUUGUCGUAGAAGUACUAUUGUUUGUUCAGUACAAAGUCUGCGUAGUCGACGUAGAAGAUCAUGAAGAAUAACAAGAAAAACAAUAAGUGUGAGUGUGUCUCUUUCAUCAUACUCAUGUACUUGUUCUUAGGAGGUACUGUAUCACUUGUUCCCUGGAUGGCCCGAUCUUGUCUGACCCGAACGUAAUUCGCGGUGAAAAGAUAGUUUCAUUAUUUACUCCCUCCAAGCCUGAAUAUUUUGAUACAAUAAACUUCUAAACUCCCAGGAGCAAACCCUUUCAAUCACCCAGGUCAAGAACUCGCCAAUGGCGACGGCUGAGAGCUUCAACAGCAUGAUGCCAACAGGGUUGAAGGGAAAGCUUGCCUCCCUUGAGGAUUUCAUCUCUAUGCAGAACGAGGAACUUGCAGCCCAGAGACAAGAAAUCGAAUCGCUUCGUACUUUGGAUUUUUUACUUUGUUGAUUGAACUCAAUAAAUAAAAUAGUAGAUCCUUAUAAAUAUAAUUUGGGAAGUAUUAAGUCCACCACCAAACACCAAACAGGCAACGACAAGCAGAACAUCGAACAGCACUACCAGGCUCAGUUGCAGGAACUGAAGAAGACCAUGGUCGCAGAUGUCCAGCGCAUGCAAGAUGAAGUGAAGCGACACUUUGCCCAGCAGAGAGCGGUAUUUAUUGUGAUUAGAUCACCACAAAUUUGUGGUUUUUAUUUUUUUUGGAUCACAUGAUAACCACAAAUUUCCCUUGACGAAAGAAAUCAAGAUCAUCUACAUCGUCGUGGUUGUCCUUAUCUUCUUCAACACUAUCAUUGUUCCUUUCCGGUUCCACCCGAUGAUUCCUCCCCAUCAUUCACAGGACAACGCCCGACUGCAGCAGCAAAUCACGACUUUGAAGGGUGAGAAGACAAGUUUGCAGCAACAGAUCUUGGGUCUGCAGCGCAGAAUCCAGGAGAUCGAAGAGCAGAUCGGUUGUGAUUAAGGUAUUCUACUGGUCGUGGGGAGUAAACAUGGCGUUGAGUUUGAGGAUUGAGAACGAAUCGGAAUAUUCGACACGAUUUUUUCUGACUCGAUUUUAUGAAGGUGAACAAUUCAAUGGUGUUGGUGGUUUUUUUCAAAGAAUGAGUGACGAAAAUGAAUUCUUGAUUUCUUGAAUAAAGAAUUCGAUUACUUAGUACAACUACCACCCGAACCAGGUCAUUCAUGCUUCCGCGGGUGGAGCUUAGGAAAUGGGAAAAUUUCAAGACGAACCUCCGUCUACUUCUUCUAUGAGUCGUGGCGGAAAAGGAAAGAGGUUUAGCACCACGUCAAGAGCCGUUCUUUGACCUGUAUAGCAUCAUGACCGUGAUCUUAAGAGACGUUUCCGUAUACUAGUCUUUCAACUAGAGGUAGUAGAAAUUAUGAGUUUAUAGUUGCCACAUGAUCUCAAGACGAAUUAUCGUUAAAAUAUGAAAAUUAGUCUAUCAACUAACACUGAGCAUUUCGAUCUUUUCAUCAUGGACGAAAGAGUAAAAGUAUUCUUGUAGUGUUGCACGAAGUUGAAUAUUACGGAGGUGCUAGCACGAGUUUAGCCAAGGGACAAAGACCAAAAAUACAGGAUAGAUUUUGGUCGGGAAGAGCACCAUGUGCAGCAAGGAUGCUAGAAUGAAUUAUUUGUCUAUACUUACCAUUAGUUUACAAUCACUAGCGAAUCAUCUACAACAUCUACUUCUCUUCAACUGUUUUGUAAGAAGACAGGUAGAAGCAAAUGAGCAACUUCUACCUGUUGUAGCCAUCAUUAACAAUGAACUAUGAAGAAAGUGAAAAAGAACUACAAAAUGAUGAAUAAGUCAGAAGUAUUUAAUAGAAGAACAACAACAUUCAUUGUUAACUACUACUAGGGCGCACAUCACCAGUUUCUGUCAUCUGUGGUCUGUCACAAUUUUUACACUACAACCAGCACAUCUAUAUCUUCUCACACAGCACCACACCAACAACUAAACCAUUUGAUGUGAGAUUUGUAGUUGUGUAACAGGAAGUGGAAUUAAAACGACAGAAUGAACAUGAAGUUGAAGGUCCUCUGACUUAAUAUUAAGUCGUUUCGAUUGUACUAUCUUGUAUAGAUAAAAUGAACUUUCAACUACAUGAAUGAACAUCAAUAAGGAUGUCGAAGGACAUUUCAAGAUGAUGAAAGAAGUACUUUUAUGUUGACAUUUUGUGGUGCGAAUUGUGUAAGAUCUGAUAAUUCAACUUGUACAGCUAGCUUUGUAUGAUUGGAGAAAAAAUGAACACUGGCACUGGGGCCUAGUUCUCG